AUGGCUCUCUGGCCCUUUGGCCGCCAUAAGAAACGAGCUCGCAAGGGAGACGAUGAGACAUACGCUACGCCAGUCGAUCAGCCGCAGCAGCUAGCACCAACGGCCGCCAGACCGCACACUCCGCCAUCCCAGACAACGAACGCUGCUGCUGCAGGCCCAAACGGCGGUCAUGCGUUCUCCGCUGGCAAACUCGUCCGGAGAGACAGCAAGCGCCAGAAAUAUAACCAGCAGCAGACACAGGGUCGCAAUGCAUCCUCCAUCUUCCACCGCUCUUCCCCAGCCGCUGCCACCACUUCCACGGCCGCCGGCCCGCCGUCCUCUGCCUUCUCGUCACCGCAAGUCGACUCGCCCAUGACGCUGCCAGACGGCCGUACCCUUCGGCAGCCCGCUUCAGUCGACACUUUUGCCUCCGUCAAUGCGCUUUCUCCAUCCAAACUCCGAUCGGCGCCAAAGAUGAUGUUGUCUCAGCCGGGCGAUAACGAAGCUUAUCUCGUGCCGACGUUGCACGGUAAACGCAAUUCCACCGAGCCCAGUAUCCUACGGCGUAGGUCCGACCGGCGUAGGCGGAACGAUCAUGAGCGCGAGCAGGAGAUCAGGCGUAUGACCAGCCAGGUGUGGGAACCCAAGCGGAACCAGAAAGACGCAGGCAAGGCAUCGGACAGACACCUCUCUGAUCCCUUCACCUCCUACUCCAGCCCACUGGUUCCCGAACCAGCCGAAUCUUAUACCUUCAAGCUCGGUGCUCUCAACGCCUUGUCUCCACGGCCGUUUCUCAGGUAUGGAGACGGGAAUCGCGGUUCACUGCCUGCAACGGCGGAAAUAUCGAGGUCGUCAACCACAAAGGACAAAGGCAAAUCAAGAUGGUUCUCUGCAGACCACUCCGCUACCACCAACAAUAGCAACAAGAGGAUCGAAGACCUUGCCGACUCCAUGGACGCCGGUGCGUUGAGGCAGCUCAUGGACCGUGAUCGACGACGGAGGCUCGUCAAGCGCCAGAUUAUCAGGGAACAACAGCAGGCUGCUGUCGCUCGCCAGCGACCAGCCAGUAUAGAAGUAAAGGCGCCAGUCGAGAAGGAACAACAAUCCAUGGGUAGUCCAGUGAGACUGCCUUCUCCUUUUUCUUCGUCUCCUCCUCCUCCUGAACAUAUGGAGAUCUCCAAAAGUCCAGAACCGUCCGGAUCAUGGUUACGUGAUGCAUCAAAGGAGAGCCUGGUCAGGGACCACAUCGAACCCAUCACUGAAAUAAAAGAAAACCUCCCACCGGCUGCCACUUCCCCUGUCGUUGUCUCGCGGAACGGCCAGACGCUUGAACUCGCUCUUGCCCCCGGUGAAGAAAGGGACGAGAUCCCAGACAUCCGUCAACAUCCUGCAUUUCGCCAACCUUCCAUCUCUGAAGCAUCGACCAAACCUAGCACACAGAACGAAACCAAGCUCGGCCGCACCUGGACUCAAAUCUUCCGACGACGAGGCACCCUUCGCCACAAACCAAGCGUAUCACCAAAGAACAACUCGUCUGAAUUCUCAGUCACAUCUCGCGAUUCGAGAUCGCGAAUCAAUCAACAAUAUCACCCCGCUCCGGUAGCUACCUCUAUCCAGCGUGCUGGAACAGAUACCCAGUCCAUCCAGUCCAAGUUCACAGAACAUCUCGAUGAUGGCUCAAACAUUCCCCAAGGAACGCGCAUGUACCCUGCCGAAUCAUCGUCCAACAUCAACAGGGACGAUGCAUACUCCGUCUCUCACCGGAUGAGCGGCAUAUCGACAGGAGCAUACGUUCCUGGACCCGAUACUAGGCCCAACAGUACCUUUUUAGCCCAGUCGCUAGCCUCGAUAGAUUCGGAGGGAAGCUGGCUAUCUGGCCGACCAUCUCGACGCCUCUCACAGGCUCCGCUGAAGAGUCCCGGCUCGACUCGCGAACGACUGGAUGAUAUGAAUGAACCCGAUGGCGAGGAUGACUAUAACGCAGUCAGCAGUGAUGAAUACUUCGGUACUCUCCCCGCUCCCAAAGAAGAGGAAGAAGACGCCGGAGAAUUCAACCUUGUGGGCAACAAGGAUGCUAAAUCCAACGCCGUCAUCACCGCCAACGGUCAUCGUGAGCCCAUCGCAGCUGCCGCCGAUGACACCACCCCCUUAGUCGAAGAUGGCAUGGAACUCGCCAACGCCGACGGUGAUCCACCAACAUGGCACUCCAGUGUCGGCAAACGAGCCCGUCUGAUCAGCCCCGAAACCCGCGCAAAGUCUCGCGAGGGCCUAUUCACCGAAUUCAUCGACAGUGAGAACGAAGUCAGCCCCAUCGACGAAACAGAGCCAGAGAUCCGUCGAGCUCAGAGCAUCGAUAUGGGACGCCAUAUUCGCCAUAUCAGUGCCGGAAGUGCCAAGAUCGUUACCUUGUGCCGUGCAGAGUCUAAGCGAUACAGCACUGCAUCUAUCAGUAGCUCCGGUGUUCUGCCUUCUAGAACCGAAGAAGAGGAGGUGUAG